CAUGCACGCCCGGCUCACCGAUCUUGUCCAUGCGACCAAGAACAUGUUUAGCGAUCCAGAGGCGGAUCCAAGCGAAGAGGUGGUCACGCCGGAUGCUGGGAAGCAACUUGUCAACGCUGCGACAAGCUGUGUUCGUUCCGCUGGCGACUGCGUCAUGAAAGCUCGGCAGGUGAUUGAGCGCAUAGGCGAUUUCGAAUUUGAACAUGAGGAGGAUGGACUUUCGCGGAGCAUCUUCGACCACAUUGACCACCCGAUUGCCCCACAUACAGAGGAACCCGAGCAUAUUGCGCCAACUGAGGGCAGCGAAGAAACAGAGAAACCAUUGCCUGCGCCGCCGAGCGAAGAGCUCAGUAUGCCGCCGCCCCUGUUGAUAUCAGAGUCCAAACCUCUCCCAGAGGUGCCCCAAGAAUCGCCCGUUACCAGCAACAGGAUCAGUCUGCAGCCGCCUUUCCCAUCCCUAGUUGAAAGCCCCACUGUACCUUCAUUCCGCUCUUCGAGGAUCUCAUUGCCACCUCUUCAGCAGGUACCUACGCCUUCUCAGCCUCAGCCUAACUCAUCGGAGUACACACCGAGUCCAGCUAGUGUCAGCCAGCGCUUUUUCACUAAAUCCGAUAGUGUAAAUACAUCUGUGGCCGACUCUAGUAGCUCUUACCGGUACAGUGUGCGUGGCGACACGGGUAGCGUCAUCUCAUUGGCAUCUACACGUGCCACCACCCCCGACCAUUCUCCCGCGAAGAAACGCAGUUCCCAGACUCUCGUCAGCAGUUUUGGUAGUUCUUCUGAGCUUCGGUCCAUGGCGAGCGAGGAUGUCACUGCAGCAGAAGAGCAUUUGCUCGAAACUACUCAUGCUCACGAGCUUGUCCACAACAAAGAAGGCCAGAUUACGGGAGGAUCUUUACCUGCGCUGGUAGAACAGCUUACUACCCACGAAUCCACACCUGACAUGGUUUUCGUUGGCACCUUUUUCUUGACUUUUCGACUAUUUACUACGCCUGUUGAGUUCGCCCAAUGCCUCAUCAGCCGCUUUGAUUGCAUCGGCGAUAGCCCAUCCAUUGGCCUUCCUGUUCGACUUCGUGUUUACAAUAUUUUCAAAGGAUGGCUGGAAAGCCACUGGGUUGCGGAAAGCGACCAGGUGGCCCUCGGCGUUAUCUUUUCGUUUGCCACUGGAAAGUUACGAACAGCAAUUCCGCAUGCAGGGAAACGUCUUGCAGAGCUUACAUCCAAGAUCACCGAUAUACGGGCUGGUUCCCUCGUGCCACGAAUGGCAUCGUCACUUACUAAGACCAAUGUGUUCACUACUGCCGAUACCAAUGUUCCUGCGCCCAUUGUCCGUAGGGGUCAACUCAAUGCGUUGAAAGCUUUCAAAGAGGGCAGGGGCCAGUGCAGCAUUCUCGACUUCGACGCACAGGAACUAGCAAGGCAGCUUACCAUUAUUGUCUCCAAGCUAUUUUGUUCCAUCCAGCCCGAAGAGCUCCUGGCCCAGGAAUGGCAGAAAAAAUCCGGCUCGAAGGCGGUCAAUGUUCGUGCCAUGACGGCACUCUCCAAUGAUCUCGCCAACAUGGUCUCUGAUUCCAUCUUACUACUGGAAGAGCCAAAGAAACGGUCCGAGAUGAUCAAGCAAUGGGUCAAAAUUGGCAUGUUCUGUCUGGAACUGCAUAAUUAUGAUUCCUUAAUGGCCAUCGUCUGCUCGUUGAACUCAUCCAUGGUACAACGACUGAAGAAGACCUGGGAGCUCGUUACUCGCAACACAAAAAUUCGAUUCGAAGAGCUCAAGAGCAUUACGGAAGUUGGGCGCAACUACACUGUUCUUCGGCAACGAUUGCAGACAGUUGUUGAUUCUUGCGUCCCUUUCGUCGGUUUCUAUCUUACUGAUCUCACUUUUAUCGACGAGGGUAACAGCACAACUCGGUUAUUGCACGGCGAGACUAGUUCUGACAACGCGUCUGUCAUCAAUUUCGAUAAAUAUAUGAAAUCAGCGAGGAUCAUUGAUCAGAUUCAAUCCUUCCAGAAGCCAUACCGGCUAGUGGCCCUUCCUGAAAUGCAAGAGUGGAUGGAAACGCAAAUCGACCGAAUGCGCAAGAGUGAUCAGGCCAAUGUACAAAGCUAUUACAGACGAUCGCUUCUGCUGGAACCUCGAGAACCCCCGCAAGCGAUUAAGAUCGCGCCUCCCGCUAUCGAAGAUGUCAAUCGUGGCAUGCUCACAACCGAAAGCCGCAAUUUCUCCAAGGAAAAAUUCGAGUUCCUCAACUUCCAUUUCUCCGGCAAUGCCGUCAAGGAACGAGGAUCUUGACGUGCGCGCGAUUCUCUUCUCCUUCAUUCUUUCCCUCCCUUUGUUUCUUUUCUUCUUUGCGGUUCAUCUUACGCGGAUCGUUAUGACGUUUAUGCUCGAUUUUCUUUCCUUG